AUGAUUGAAUGCGACGAGACAACAACGUGCAUGAACGCACACCUUGCAAACCUCUGGAAAAGAGUACAUGAACUCACGCACCGGUACCGCUAUGGUGGUAAGCGCCACCGCGAUCUCAUGCAGCUUAAAAAUCAGUAUAAAACCAUACAAGCCCACCAGCAGCUACUUGAGACGGAGACGUGGCACUCCACUUGCGCGAAGCUCGGAGAAAUUCCUGGGCUUCAGCGCCUAUGGGGCAUUCUCCGCAGCAUGCUCGGGAAGAAGAAAGGACAGCCCCCACUGAAAGUCCUUCUACUGCAAGGCAACCCAGUGGAGGUGGAAACGAAGGUAAUACGGACCUUCUUCCCGCACGCUCGCGACAGCCCAGCACCCGAUCUUCCGGAGCGAACAAUAACAAACCUUGAUCCAGGGCUUGACGCUCCCUUCACCUUGGGGGAGCUUACCGCGGCACUAUUGAAAAGUAAGGCCCGCUCAGCCCCAGGACACGACAACGUCAAUUGGCAAGACCUUCGAAAUCUUCCUCUUUCAGCACAACAAAAGCUACUUGACAUCAUUAAUGACACCUGGGAACAGGGCUCUGUGCCUGAUACACUCAAGCUUUCGCUCAUAUAUCCGAUACCUAAAGGCAACAAGGACCCCACCAAGCCCGAGAACCUACGCCCCAUAUCACUUACGUCAACGAUAUGCAAACUUAUCGAACGAAUGAUAUUCGCCCGAAUGCAACACUACCUCGAAUACGUCCAACCGGGCCUUCACCCGGCGCAGGCAGGCUUUCGUCCCAACAUGGGUACGCACGACUGCCUCUGGCUUCUGCGGCGAGUGAUCAACAGGAAAUCCCGGAAACUCAUGCCUGACUAUGUCCUGGCCAUUGACAUGCGAAAGGCCUUUGACAACGUUCGGCAGGAAGUCAUCCUUCAUGAACUGGCUCAGAGAUAUCCCAGCCAACGAGCCUACAACUGGAUUCGUUCUUUUCUUCACAGUAGACCCAUACGCCUUCACGGAACCGCACCGGGGUGGACGCCAUGCACAUUCUACCUUGACAGAGGCGUGCCCCAAGGCUCUAUACUCGGGCCAAUGCUUUUCAAUCUCGCCAUGGCAAGGGUAGCGGAUGCCUUGGAACGAGACACCACGGCACGAUUUACUAUUUAUGCAGAUGACAUUACAAUAUGGACUGAAGCUAGCGACCACCUAGAUGAACAACAAAUGCAAACUGAACUACAAGCAGCAGUCCUAAGUCUAGAGAAAACCCUAGAUGAACUGGGGCUGCAACUAUCACCCGCGAAGACCGAACUCAUCAGCAUAGACGGAAAGCGCGUCACCAACCCGCGGAAGCAAAUCACCCUUGUGCUCGGCUCGGCACCAAUCACCUCAGCAAAUGGACAUAUUCGCAUCCUUGGCGCCCAGAUCGCUAGCUGUAAUAGCACACACAAGUGGAUUCAAACAUUACGUAAGAACUGGACACCCCUCCUUCACGCCGUCCGCCGCAUGUCCAACAAGUAUGGCGGGGCGCGACAAAGCUCAACCGCAACCCUUGCGCGUGCGGUUGCAGUAGGCAGAGUCCUCUAUGGGGCGCCGGUAUACGAACUCUCUCCGAAAGACCUACGCGACAUAGAACAGUUACACAGAGCCACCCUGCGUACAGUAACGGGGCUGCCCAAGCACACUAGGAUGACCCUCCUCCAUCAGUUGGCACCAAUACCUCCGAUCCAGACCAUCAUUACCGAAGCCUGUAUCCGAAUGCAGUCCCGCUUGGACAACUCCUACCAGGGAAAGCUGACAAUCCUAUGGGACCAAAGGCGACGGUGCGAUACAAUGCCGGACGUCAGUGGGAUCAUUUCACCGUGGGAAACUCCCCCGCAUGGAAGCUUCACCAACCGCCCUAUGCUCAGAUUGGCCGCAGAGGCUAGGCGCAGCCGAAGCUGCCGGCACGCUAGCAGUGCAGACAUUGUCAACGUCUAUACGGACGCAACGGCAAGAAACGACAGAGUCAGCAUGGCCUGGAUCUGCGACACCGACCCUCGCAUACAAGGACAGCACUCAUGUGCUCUCCCACAGGGCACCGCACUCCAUGCGGAACUCCUCGCCAUUUGGGGAGCACUGGAGGACGUACAGAACACAGCCUUCACUGACAGAGACGCGACCCUCCGACACCAAUAUCGCAUCUUAACCGACUCCUUCGCAGCGGUCCAGGAACUAUCCUCCUCCACCACGGAAGACGCCACAGCGAAUCAAAUUAGAAAAAGACUGCAGAUGCUUCAAGAAUUUGGAAUUAAGGUAAACAUACUCUGGACCCCAGGACAUACAGCGAAUGACGGGGGUAAUGCUGCGGCGCAUGCAGCAGCCGUACAGGCACGCGGGACGGACCACACUUACGCCACCCCGCACCCCGACAAUCCCACACUCAAGACACCUUAUCACCUGGAUCCAACCGAAACACCCUUGAACAGGCAUAUAACGUACAUGCACUUCAUUCGCACCUCCAUAAAGACCGCUAGCAAACAGCGUAUCAUGGAAGCUACACCCCAGACGCCUGUCAUCAAAGGACUUUCUAGGCAGCAAGAAGUUUUUAUAAACAAAGUCAUCGCGAACGCGGCCUACACACCACACAUAAUCAGUAAGUGGCAGCCGCCACCUGUGUCAGCCGCACCACCAAGAUGCAGCCACUGUCUCCAACAGUGCCGCGCAGAUUUGUGGCAUCUUAUAAAGUACUGUCCUGCCUUCGCACGGGGCCGAGACCGCAUCGACGACCUACAAGUGACCUCUCUUGCAGCCCUUACUGCUAUUAUACAAACAGACGAUGAUGCCCAAAAGGCGGUCGCAGAUCAUGGAAAAAUCAGUGGCUUAUACCGAGCGGUGUAG